UUAUUUACAGUUUAACGUCUUGACUUUUAAAAACAUGAAGUAUGAGUGAGUUUGGUCUUUAAACUCGGGCAGGAUGAGUGAGUUUGCGGCGCUGGGGCUGUCGGAGUGGCUCGUGGGUCAGUGUGUGCAGCUCGGGAUGAGCAAACCCACAGCUGUGCAACAGAACUGUGUGCCUCCUGUUCUGCAGGGCCGGGACGUUCUGGGUUGUGCUAAAACAGGAAGUGGAAAGACUGCGGCGUUUGUACUUCCUGUUCUGCAGAAACUCUCUGAGGAUCCGUUUGGAAUCUACUGCCUGGUCCUGACGCCGACCAGGGAGCUGGCCUAUCAGAUCGCAGAGCAGUUCCGAGUCCUGGGGAAGCCUCUGGGGUUGAAGGAUUGCAUCAUCGUCGGGGGAAUGGACAUGGUCGCUCAGGCCCUGGAACUUUCCGCUCAGCCUCACGUUGUCGUGGCGACGCCGGGGCGACUGGCCGACCACAUCCGCAGCUCCAGCACCUUCAGCCUGAGCCGAGUGCAGUUCCUGAUCCUGGACGAGGCGGACCGUUUGCUGGAGCAGGGGUGCACAGACUUCACCUCUGACCUGGAGGUGGUUCUGGGGGCUCUUCCGUCUAAACGUCAGACUCUGCUCUUUAGCGCCACCCUCACGGAGACGCUGGAACAGCUCCAGAGCGUCGCCCUCAACAAACCCUUCUUCUGGGAGAGCAAGUCCGAGACUCGGACGGUGGAGGAGCUGGACCAGAGGUACAUCCUGACCCCGGAGAAGGUCAAAGACGCUUAUCUGGUCCACCUCAUCCAGACCUUCACCGACGAGCACCACGACUGGUCCAUCAUCAUCUUCACCAACACCUGCAAGACGUGUCAGGUUCUGAUGAUGAUGCUGCGUCAGUUUAAGUUUCCCUGCAUUUCUCUGCACUCCGGGAUGAAACAGAGGCAGCGUUUCGCCAAUUUGGCCAAGUUCAAGGCGAGUGUUUACAGGAUCCUCAUCGCCACAGACGUCGCCGCCAGAGGCCUGGACAUCCCCACGGUGCAGGUCGUCAUCAACCACAACACACCAGGACUCCCCAAAAUCUACAUC